AUGGAAUCAUCAACUGCCAGGAGACCAACUCCAGCAUAUUUUAAGCCAGCGCCUAGUGAAAUUCAAUAUGGCAGAAUGAGGUUUUUAAUCACUGACCGACCAUCUGAUUUAACAAUCAACACUUACAUCGAAGAGCUUGAAAAGCAUAAUGCUCGAGCAGUAGUUAGAGUAUGUGAACCAACGUACGCGACAACGCCAUUAAUCGUAAAUGGUAUUGAUGUACUCGACUGGGAAUUCGAUGAUGGUAGCGCACCACCUCCUGAGUUGAUCACUAAAUGGUUAUCAUUAGCAAAAGAAAGUUUCAAACUAUAUCCAAAUCAAUGUAUUGCUGUGCACUGUGUAGCAGGAUUGGGUCGAGCUCCAGUGCUUGUAGCUAUUGCGCUUAUGGAAGCUGGUAUGAAAUACGAAGAUGCUGUUGAUCUCAUCAGGCGACAUCGACGGGGCGCUCUUAAUCAGAAACAGUUGAAUUUUCUUCAAAAAUAUAAAUCAACAGGGCAGCUACGAAAAUUGCGGUGCAAUGCGGAGGGAAAACCAGCGAGAUGUUCUCUGAUGUAG